UUCAUGUCCACUACUGAUGCAAAGCAGGGGUUCCUUUUUUUGUCUAUAAGUGCAGAAGUGCAAAUGCUUACUCUGCUAUGUCUUAGUCUACAGAAGUGCUACUAUUACUGCUCCAGAAUUCUUCACAGGCUAUUCAAGUCCUAUCUAUCUACCCUGCUCUCUGCUAGGUAGAUGCCUACUUUUCCUGGUUAAGUCAAAGUUCAAUCUAGGCAUUUAGUAGUUUCAUUUAAUUCUCUAGAGCCCACUAAGACCUAGCUGUACUGAGAAUGGUGGUGACCAGCAUACAGUAGUAGUCACACCGGUGUUCUCUGUAGUAAAAGAUUUUGUGAAAAAUACAACAUGAGCAAGAGGUUGGUUUGCUGAUUUUCAGAAAGUGAGAUUUGAGCCUUAAAUUCAAAAUCUCUGAAUGAAAAUCAGCCAGUUGACCCUAGUAUCCAUUUCCUAUAGAAUAUACACAUAGAAGCCUCAAUAAAUAAUGAAACUUACAACAUCCCAUUGCUCUGGAGAUCCAGGUCACUGCCAGUGUGCUAGCAAGCAGGAUCGCAGGUAACUUCCAGUUCUCUCUCCACUGGGCUCAACUCCACGAUGCUGAGGGGAGUCGCUUACGGUGCAAAAGGUACAUUUACUUUUUUGUUGGCAAGACCUCAGCACCGUAACCUGGGAUUGAAUUUUUCAUCAGCACGGACUGAAGCAGCCAACAGAAGCUUCCUAACCCGCUCCACUUACACAACCGACACAAAAUCCAGAGAGGAAAACAAAAAAAUCAUUGAGAGUCUCUACAGAUUGUCCGUUGAUGUUAAGAAAAUACGCAGACUAAAGGAAUGGGUCCUUCUCCAGGAUGUGGCCUAUGUUCAAGAAAUCGCUGGGAUUUUACAGGAAAUGGGAGCAGAUGAGGCUGCUGUAGCCAACAUUUUAGAACGCUGCCCAGAGGCAGUUCUCCGUACCCCUGCAGAGAUAAACUCUCAAAGAGCUCUGUGGCAAUUAGUAUGCCAGAAUGAAAAACAGUUGAUUAAAUUAAUAGAGCAGUUUCCAGAGUCUUUUUUUACUACUGAGUAUCAUGAGAACCAGAAGGCAAAUAUACUGUUUUUUCAAGAGUUGGGACUUAAGAAUAACAUAAUCACCAGGUUCUUGACAAGCGCACCCAAUAUUUUCUAUAAUCCUGUUGAGAAAAACAAAGACAUUAUAGAGACAUUACAAAGAAACUAUUUAAGUUUAGGAGGUUCUGAUGCAAAUAUGAAGAUCUGGAUACUGAAGCUGUUGAGCCAAAAUCCAUUUAUUUUAUUAAAUACCUCCACUGCAAUCCAGGAGAACUUGGAAUUUCUCCAGAAGAAUGAUUUCACUGACCAUGAAGUUCUACAGCUGCUGUCCAAACUUAAAGGUUUCAUUUUUCAACUCACUGCUUCUACUAUGCAGGAGAGUAUGCUUUUUUCCAAAAGCAUCUUUAAGUGCAGUGAUCAAGAAUUAAAAGAGCUCGUGCUGAAAUGCCCAGCCCUUCUCUACUAUUCUGUUCCAGUUUUGGAAGAAAGACUUGAAGGACUUCUGAAGGAAGGAAUUUCUGUAGCACAGAUUAAAGAGACACCAAUGGUGCUGGAGUUGACAACACAAAUUGUCCAGUACCGAAUUAAAAAGCUCUCUGCCUUGGGAUAUGAUAUCAAGAGCGGAACUCUUGAAAGCUUGAAUGGUACUAAGAAAGAUUUUGAAGUCAAUUAUGGUAAGAUACAAUCGAAGAAGGAGAGACCUAUUUUUAAUCCUGUUGCUCCUAUACACGUUGAAGAUUAAUUUGAAUGCUGUACUUUGAAUUAUGCAAAGGAAAAUUAUCAAGGCAAAAAAAAAAAGAUGGUGGUUCAUUGAAAAGAGCUGAAACAAAAGUAAUCUAAACCAGACUGUAGUCUUACACUGUACUUUGUCCUGGAGCAGGUCUUAGGCACAAUUUCAUUAUACAAUUGUAGCUUUCUAAUGCUUUCAAAUAAUAUUACAGAACCUG